AUGCCCAGUAGUGAUACACUUGAGAAGGCUGAGAACUAUUUGUCAAGAGCAUUGAGAUUGGAUCAUACAUUGGAAGAUGCUUGGAAUGAGUUGGGCGAGUGCUACUGGAAGAAGAACUGUUUGAGCUUGGCCAUGAGAUGCUUCUCACAAUGUUUGGAAAGGAAUAGUAAGAACAUUGUUUCGCUUCGCAAGCUAUCAAUUGUAUAUAGACAGAUCAAUGAGGAUAACAUACUUAGGAAGAGAACAAACAUUGAGAAGAGUGUCAAGCUGGCCAAAGAUGCAGUGUCAGUUGACUUCAAGGACAAUGAAUCAUGGUACGUACUUGGCAAUGCAUAUCUUAGUCUAUUCUUCAUGGAUGCAUCGGAUGAUACACAAUUGGACAGUGCACUGAAGGCCUAUCAUUGCUCACUUGAGCAACACAAGAAGCAGCAAGGAGUCUCCAAGAAGAACCCUGAUCUAUAUUAUAACAGGGCAAUAAUAUACAAGUACCGUGAAGAUUAUCAACUGGCAUUGGAUGGAUUCAACAAGGCAUUGGAGUUGGAGAAUGGCAACUGGGACGCACCACAAAAGUACAUCCAAGAGAUACAAUCAAACAUCAAACAAAUAGAUGAUGUACUCACCAAGACCAAGAAGACCAACAAUAUGAAGAAGCCAACAGUGAAGAACUUUAUCAAUUAUAGCCCGAUAUUCAGUCAUAGUAUACAUAAUGAUAGAACCUGUAUGUCAAUGGAUACACUGCAGACUGGAUUGAACAAGGGAGCAUACUUUAUUGCCAAGGUGAAGAAGGUGGUUUCACCAUCAGAGUCAGUGCCCCGUAUUGCCGUGUGUUCCGAUCGCAACUCACAACUGAUGGUCAUCUCAAUAUACAACAUAACAUCCAACGCCAUCAAGAAAGGUGAUCUAAUCGCUGUUGCCGAUCCCUUUGUCAAAGAUAUACAUCUGUCUACAGGUCAACUGGUAAGCAUUACAUAUGUUGGAACCAUUACAUUCCAGAUCUAA